CGGCGGGAGGGGCGGUGCGGCUGCGGUACCCGCGUUCGUUCUUCUUCCGUGACAGGGGGCAGUGGAACCAGGCCCGGUACCUCUGACACCUCCCCCCCUCUCCCUCCCCCACGGCCAGCAUGCUGUAUCUGGUCGGGCUGGGGCUGGGCGACGCCAAGGACAUCACGGUGAAGGGUCUGGAGGCGGUGCGGCGCUGCCGCAAGGUGUACCUGGAGGCCUACACGUCCGUGCUCACCGUGGGGAAGGAGGCGCUGGAGGAGUUUUAUGGAAAAGAACUGAUUUUGGCUGAUCGAGAAACAGUGGAACAAGAAGCAGAUAGCAUUUUGAAAGACGCUGAUGUUUGUGAUGUCGCUUUUCUUGUAGUUGGUGAUCCCUUUGGGGCCACAACACACAGUGAUUUAGUGCUACGUGCAGUAAAGUUGGGAAUCCCAUACCAGGUCAUUCAUAAUGCUUCAAUAAUGAAUGCAGUGGGCUGCUGUGGUUUACAGUUGUACAAUUUUGGAGAGACAGUUUCUAUAGUUUUCUGGACGGAUACAUGGAAGCCAGAAAGCUUCUUUGACAAGAUCAAGAAGAACAGGCAGAAUGGAAUGCACACACUGUGCUUACUUGAUAUUAAAGUGAAGGAGCAGUCUCUGGAGAAUCUAAUGAAAGGAAGGAAGAUUUAUGAGCCACCACGCUACAUGAGUGUGAACCAAGCUGCAGAGCAGCUUCUUGACAUUAUUCGGAAUAGGAGACUCCAAGGAGAAGAACCAGAAAUUACUGAAAACACAAUUUGUGUUGGCCUUGCACGUGUUGGCGCUCCUGAUCAGAAGAUUGCUUCAGGCACACUGUAUCAAAUGUCUACAGUGGAGUUAGGUGGUCCACUCCAUUCCAUGAUUGUUACAGGCACUAUGCAUCCUCUGGAAUUAGAAAUGCUUAAGCUUUUUUCUGUAGAUGCUUCCAAUUUUGAAAAUAAUGCAUUUGAAAAGACCAGUUAAAUAAAAAUGCGUAUUGAAUUUUUCA